AUCGAUAUGACGGACGUCGAUGUCCCGAACACCACUGCUCACUGCUAGGUACCGACGAGCAAUCGUUGCUUUUGCAGAUUAUUUGAUUUUCGUUCUAGUGUGGAGCAAAUCAUCGGUCACUGCAAGUCAGUUCACUAGGUGCUGAGCGCAUGCAGACAACACUGCGGCUUCGAAGACAUCUUGCAGUCUCCAUAUCUCCACUACCAGCAGCUGUUGUCGGACAUGUGAACGGUUGAGUCUUUCUGGCCGAUUUGAAAAGUUUUUUUCUUGCCAUUUGUUCCGUCGAAUAAGUUUGAAGCUGAAUAUUUGAUCGCGCCAUCAGCUAGCUGUGUGGAAGGCACGAAGAGGACGGGUGGUAGAAAUAUUGCGGGCCGUCCGGUAGUCCUGGACCUGGUGGCCGCACUGCCUUCCUCCGUGUUGUCGCUGGUCGGAGCGAUUGCCGGUUUCUGGCACAUUGUUGUGUGUUAGCGGGCGCACCUCUGUGUGCGGCUGUUGCUGAGCUGCUGUAUAAUGGAUAUCCGAUCAUGUCCGAGCUGGAGGAGAUGUUCGUCCGGACUGCGUCUUGUGAACACCGCUGUGGUCGUAUGCGUGGCAGUCCUGUUGGCUCAAACAACCUUCAUGCAGCCUUGCAACGCACAAACAAUCUUCAACUUUGUCAACUCCGACCAAGCCAUUGUACGUGAGAACACGCUCAUUGGAACUAGCGUUAUCCAGCUACUGACCGAAGUGCCUGUCAAUGGCUUCUACCUUCAAACCGGAGGAACACCAUUCACCGUUGAACAGUGUACCGGCGUAGUGGAAGUGAGCGGUCCCAUUGACAGAGAGAGACAAGCCCAGUACACUCUGGAGAUCGAAGGCAACAGCAGUGCAUCUUUCGGAGCUCAGCAGCUGUUUGUGACGGUGCUGGACGUGAACGACAACAAACCGGGGUGUGCGUCGCCGAGCUAUUCCGUCAACGUAGCCAGCAAUCACGUUCCACUGUCCGCACUGCAGUUUGAACUGGGCAGUGACUGCGUAGACCUGGACCAGGCUGGUACAAGCAACAGCCGGAUUACCUAUGUCAUUGUGUCCGGUAAUGACCGGGACUACUUCAGGAUCUCUGCACUGACAGGUCAGCUGACACUGCUGAAAAGCGUUCAGGCAGCCUCGGCCCCCAAGUCAUUUACGCUGGUGGUGGAGCUAGUAGACGACGGUGUUCCGCGGCUGUCAAGUCGUGUCACUCUACAGAUCACGGUCACGCCGUCUAACGUCGGAGCGCCUGUCUUCAAUGCCUCGUCCUAUGCCUUCUCAGUCCCAGAAAACGAUGUGGAUGUAUUUGGCACCGUGUAUGCUGUUGACCCGGACAUAUCACCCUUUAACCGGGUGACCUACCGCUUGAAGGCGGAGCAUGACGACAUCCGAAUUUCCCCGUUGACUGGAGCACUACACUUGAACCGUUUGUAUGACUACGAGCGUGACCCGACCAUGUUGUCAGUGGAGGUCGUAGCCACAGACAGUGCACCAGUCUACACGCAGCUGUCUAGCUCAGCUACCGUCACGAUAACCAUUGUCAAUGUCAACGAGGAUCCUAUGUUCGUGAAUCCUCUGUCUAACAUUACAGUGUCCGAGGUUGCAGCUGUCAACACAAGCAUUGGUCAAUUCCAGUGCCAAGAUGUUGAGCCGGGAACUCUAUACUACUCCAUACUACCGGCUGUGUCCGACUCGGCACAUCUUUUCAGCAUUAAUUCGAGGAAUGGCACGCUCAGUGUUGCUAGUCCGCUCAACGCAGACAUACUUACCAGCUACUACCUGGUGAUUGGCUGCACGGACGCAGGGAGUCCGCCACUCAGCACCACCACUCGUGUCCAUGUUAUCCUGGAACCUGUCAACGAACACUCGCCAAUUUUCAACUCCUCGUUGGGGGGCUACGUGUUCUACCCUGCUGAAAACACACCGCCAGGAACAACAAUCGGUGCAAUACAUGCUGAUGACAAGGACACCGGUGUGCAGGGUAAAGUAUUCUACUCGCUCGCACCACCAUCGGCAGUCUUCUCCCUGAACAACGCCACUGGCGAUCUACAAGUAACGGGAUCGCUGGAUUAUGAAACUCAACCAACCUAUUCCCUGACUGCUGUAGCAAGUGACCGGGCACAGGCGCCGUCAGUACAGCGCACGACUACAACAUCGAUAGCCGUGAACGUCGUCGAUUUAAACGACAACAUGCCCAUGUUCUCCAUGCUGAGCUACAGCAUGACAAUCACAACUUCGUACGCGCAGGGCCAGAGCGUUCUGGCCGUGUCCUGCUCCGACGUUGAUACGCAGGACAAGGGAGAGAUCCGCUACUUCUUCACUUCUAAAUCCUUUGCUUCGCUCAACUUUGGUAAAUUCCAGGAAAUGAUUGACCUGGAUAGUAGCACUGGCCUGCUUUUUGUCAAGGAUAGCAGCAAGCUGGUAGCAGACACUUUCUUGGUCAACAUCGGAUGCCAGGACAAGGUCUUUCAAAAGGCUAAUGCUGAUGUUUCCGUAACAAUCCGUCAGUCGAUACCGAACCUGCACUCACCGUUGUUCAAUCAGGUCUCCUACAACAUCUCGGUCCGUGAGAAUACAACUGUCGGCACUGUCCUGACGACAAUACGUGCUAAUGAUUCGGAUGCUGGCUUGGCCGGCAACAUCAUCUACUCGCUGCAAGGCGCCGACACAGAUGUGGUCAGUAUUGAUAAUCAGACUGGUCAGCUCACCUUGGCAACGCCACUCGACUACGAACAGAAACGCGGCUACUCGCUACUGGUGAAUGCCUCUGACCAAGGUGACAGGGUUGGUUCUGCCAGCCGAUCGACGGCCGUACCUGUUAACAUCAUAGUGCUAGACUACCCAGAUCCUGGCUUCCUCCAGCAUGUGUACACAUUUAGUGUAAAGGAAAACGAUCUGCCUGUCCUUCCGAUCGGCAAUGUAAGAUGUUUGGAUCAAGAUGGCUUCGGAUCCAGCAGUUCAGCUGUCAUCACCUAUCAGACAAUCGGUACAACGGAAUUCCUGGUCGAUAGUCUGACCGGUGCUAUUACUCUCAGGGUAGCGCUUGAUUACGACACGAUUCGGCAGCACAAUUUCACUGUGACCUGUCAGCUGAGCAACGUAGUGGGCACUGCAACAGUCACUGUCGACGUACAGCCCGAAAAUGAGCAUUCACCAAAGAUCACUGCCCUACUGGCCAACACAACUGGUUUUAGACCUGGCUUCCGUUACAGCUUCUUAUCAAUGAAUGAAUUCUGGCCAGUUGGAUUUCCCAUUUUUAAGGCUCUGGCAACCGACACGGACAGUGCUGAUACACCCGAUGGACAAGUCUACUUCAGAAUGACCCAGCGCAUCACGCCAUCCAGCUUGCAGUCAAGGUUUAGCAACCUGCUUGCUCUUGACAACAUCACGGGUCAAGCCACGGUCGCGAUUCCCCUGCAGCAUAUCAAUGGUCUUGGCAUCUCAUUUCGCCUAUACGUGGUAGAUGGCAAAGGUAUGGAGUCGCUCAAAAUACCCAUAUAUACAAGCAUUCAGGAUACGAAUAACAAUGCGCCGAAGUUUGUUCCUUCGCUGUACAAUGCUUCAGUCCCUGAAGAUAGUACAGUGGGUACGCCAAUAACGCCCGUGGAGUGUGUAGAUGGUGAUGUCCUGACGCUGUCUCAUGGCAAGUUGUCUAUGCAGUUCACUGGUGGCAACAGUCAUGGCUACUUUGAAUUGGACGUUGGCGCGGCGUCGCAGGCUAGCUACGCAAACACUACCUUAAAGGCUGUCGUCAAGCUGAAAAAGUCCAUAUACAGAGUGCCAGCUGCCCACUUUUCAGACUUGAAGAUCACAUGCUCUGACAGUGGUACGCCGUCGUUGAAUGGCUCGGCUGACGUCGUGAUCAACGUGCUGCCUAUUGACCUAUUCCAACCCGUCUUCACGGCCACCAGCUACGCCUUCAAUGUCUCGGAAGGUCUGGAGGUUGGCGGUGUGGUUGGCAGAGUGGCAGCGUCCGACAACGACACCAAUCCGCUGUAUAACACUGUACGCUACAGGCUGGUGAACGCCGCCGGUCUGGAGAUCAGUGACUACUUUAGGAUCAACGCAUCCUCGGGUGUGGUAACGCUCAAUCGAAGUUUAGACUCUGAAUCGACCAAGCAGCACUUGGUGCGAGUCGAAGCCUCUGACGGGACAAGACCAUCCUUUAGCACCAUCACGAUCAAUGUCAUCGACGUUAAUGACAACCCACCAGCUUUCACACGGCAGAAUUACUCAGUGACCGUGCCUGGCACCUCGCAGCUUGGCUUCGUGGUCCUGGUGUUGUCUGCUACGGAUAGAGACACCACCGGCGUGCUGAGCUACAGUGUAUCUAGCGGCACUGCACUACCUAGCUGGCUAUCACUGGCUGCUAGUACGGGUGUUAUCACCCUGACCGCCCAUCCACCGGCAGGACUACAGUCCACAAGCUUCCAGGUCAUGGUCAGUGAUGGACGGCCGGGUGUCUUUUCCAACGCCACGGUUCACAUCACGUUGUUCGACGCGGCAGACAUACCGCUCUUCACUGACAACCAGUACCUAUUCUACGUUGUUGAGAACACACCCGUUCCACCUGGUGGCUUGCAGCUGACAGACGACACGAUCACGGCAACCUCGCGCAUACAACCUCUCCUCUACUCGAUUGUAGCUGGAAAUGUCCUGUCAACGUUCUCACUUCGGCCGAACAGCGCACUUUUCUUUCUAGAUCGCAUGCUGGAUCGCGAGAGCAUACCAGUGUACCUGCUUAAGAUACAGGCCGAUGCAGGCAAGGGCAUCAUUGGUCAGUCUUUGAUUGACGUGCGUGUUCAGGAUAUCAACGACAAUGCACCGUCACCCGCAGAACCCGUGCAAACGGUAACACUUCUACCCAGCCAUUCCACAACGGUGCCCGUGGCAACUGUCCAGUGUACAGAUCCUGACAACGGCAAUAACGGUACCGUCACCUACCACAUACUGAGCGGAAACGAGCGCGGACACUUCGCACUGAAUUCCACCACAGGACAGGUCAAGCUGACGCGGGUCGUCAAGGACAACGUCUUCAACAUAUCUUACACCAUGGACGUGCAAUGCGCGGACAUGGGCACACCGCACAGCCUCAGCAACACGUUCCAACUUGUCAUCGAUAUUGACUUCAAGAACGAAGCACCCGUCUUCAUUCCAGAUCGACUGAGCAUGAAUAUCUCUGAGAGUCUACCAGUGUUGGCCACCGUGUACGCAGUAACGGCUGGUGAUCCAGACAAUUACCAGUACGGCAGGGUUUCAUACAGCAUAACUAGUGGUAACACGAAUGGUGACUUUGCUGUUAACCCGGCUACUGGUAGCAUCACUGUAGCUAAGACACUGGACAGAGAAACAACUAGCUCGUACACACUGGUGAUUGAGGGCAGGGAUGGUGCGCCGAGACCUCUGUCCGACUUCUUCACACUGUCGCUCAGGAUCACGGACGUGAACGACAACCGUCCGACGUUCAAUCCCGGCUCCACCACGUUGGAGCUACGCAGCCGUCUACCUGUGAACUCAGUUGUCUAUACACUGGGUGUCACCGACGCUGAUCUCGGUACUAAUGCUCAGUUUCAGCUAAGCCUUAACAGUGGAAACGCAGACAGCACGUUCUAUCUGAACUCAACAAGCCGGCAACUCAUCCUGGCCAAGCCGUUUAACCGAACGUUGAAUCCAUCGUUCUUCCUCACCAUCAGAGCAACGGAUUUGGGAAGUCCACCGCUUGCCUCGAAUCCAGACUUCGCAGCCACGGUUAACGUACUUGGUUCAGCACCGGUCUUCAAGAACACACCGUACCAAUUGACACUGGAAGACAAUCUAGCCGUGCAAUCGCAUGUUGUUACCGUGCUAGCCGAGGACUCUGACACCAGCGACUCUUCGUUCCUCUUCUACGACCUAGUCAGCGGCAACAUCGACAUGACAUUCUCUCUAAGUCGCUGCACAGGGGAGAUCACGCUGUCUAAACCUAUCAACGCUGGCAUCACCAGCCAGUACACAUUGAUUGUGUCAGCCGCUGUACGUGGACAGACAGCACUGGCUACGAAUACCACCGUCGUCGUUGAUAUUGUGGAUAAGAACGAAGCACCGCAAUGCCAGAACGCAACCUACAACAAACAGGUCUAUGAAGGCAUCAGUGAUCUUGGCCGCGUCGUGUGUGUAGACCGUGAUGUUCUCAACAAUAGUCUCUUCACAUACAUGCUAUCUGAUACGCAUGGCAAUGAAAUUUUCAUCGACUCGCUCACCGGAGACUUGAAGCUGCCGCGUGUCAUUCACGUCAGCACACGAACAUGUUACAACACCACCAUUAUUGUCCAGGACAAAGGAUCUCCGCCGCUGACCACUCGCAUUCCCAGUCAGGUGUGUGUGCUGCCAAGGAUUCAACUCGCACCUGCCAGUCGAGCUGUGACUGUGUCCGAAGCAACGCUCAGCAACACUCUGCUGGAAACAUUCACGGCCGUGGACCUUGCGGACCCCAGCGCUACGCCCAGCUACUCAAUCACAGCAGGAAAUGUUGGCGAUGUGUUUGCAAUUGACAGCGUCGGUGAGGUAGUGCUCUCUGGUCGUCUCGACUUCGAAAUUCUCACUACAUACAACUUGACCAUUCAAGCGUAUAGUAACUCUGCGACGGCGUCUCUGUCCACGGCGUCCUCACAGCUGCUGGUGACGGUGCUAGAUAGUAAUGACAAUGCCCCGGUCAUAUCUCCAAGCCACUACGUUGCAACAUUCAACGAGUCAGUGCCACGCGACACUAUCAUCACCACAUUCCAAUGCACGGACAAGGAUAGCGACAGCAACGGCAGAACAAGCUUCUCCAUCGCGCAGGGUAAUCAGCUAUCGGCGUUCAUUGCCAACGCAACAUCCGGCCAGGUUAUCCUCAACGAACAGCUUGAUUACGAGAACAGCACGCAGCGGUCGUUCCAACUAACCGUGCGCUGUUCUGAUUCGGGUACGACCAGCCUGUUCAGCCUUGCUACACUGGUGAUACAAGUCACUAAUGUAAAUGAGCACCCUCCGGCAUUUGUCGGCGCUGAUGCGUACCAUAGAACGGUCAGCGAGUCGGCUCCAAUUGGGGAGAGGCUGCUUUCAGUGUCAGCCGUGGAUCUUGAUCAAGACAUCGUCAAAUACAGCUUGGUAACAUCUGGUUCAUCUCCCCUGCCUUUCACAUUGGACAGUCAACUUGGACGCAUACUCGUCUCUCAGUCUCUUGACUAUGAUGUACAGAAUGAGUACACGCUGACAGUGCAAGCAACUGAUGGUAGCUUAUCGACAUUGGCCACAGUCAACAUCACGGUCAGCGAUGCUAACAACCAUGUGCCUGAAUUCAACCAGAGUGUCUACAAUGUUGUAGUCCAGGAAACCUCUGCGGUGCCCUAUGCGUUACUCACGGUCGCCUGCUCUGAUGGAGACCAUGGUUCUAAUGCCGCCCUGAACUAUACAAUACUCCGCGGCAGUCACAGUAGCUAUGUCAGUAUUGACUCGACCGGCCACAUUCAGCUGGUUAGAGCAGCGGACUUUGAGACCCUGUCGAGUUUCUCUGUUGAACUACAAUGCUUUGAUCACGGCACUCCACAACUGUCUUCAACAGCCGUGAUGUACGUGCAGAUUCUUGGACGUAACGAGCACACGCCGGCGUUUAGCUCCAGCCACUACAACGUGUCCGUUCCGGAGACCUUCCCGCAGGGAUCUGCUGUGACGGUCGUGACUGCAACGGAUAACGACAAGGGAGCGGACGGCAGCGUAACAUUGUCUCUGGUACCCGGGCCAGGUUCUAGCCUUUUCCAGCUGAUCAGUGCAUCCGGCGAGCUGGUGCUCAGUCAAACGCUCGACUUUGAAACCCAGCGGGUGUUCUUUCUCACAGUGAGCGCUACAGAUGCUGGCGGUCUGCAGUCCAAUGCCAGUCUGACAGUGAAUGUGAUCGACGUCAACGAUAUACAGCCCUUGUGCAAUCCUAUACACGUGGACGUUGGUGUCAUGGAGACGGCACCUACAGGUUCUCUUCUAACUCAAUUGCAAUGUACCGACGGCGAUGCUGAAGAUGCACAGUUGGCGUAUUCGUUCUCGCCACCUGGCAGCAGCGGUAGUGCCCUAUUCCAAGUAAACAGCACAGGAGCUGUGCUGACAAAGGCACCGCUGGAUGCUGAUCAACAAGCUGUAACUACGUAUGACUUGACAGUGGCAGUGCAGGAUGGAGUCCAACACACGGUAACUGUCACCAUACGUGUACGCAUACUGCCUGUCAACGAGUUCCCGCCCGUGUUCUCAAUGCCCGUCUAUUCCGCCAGCGUCCGCGAAGACCUUGCCGUCAGCAGUGUUGUCCUGAGCGUCAACGCUACCGACAAAGAUGCAGGUGUUGACGGCAUGGUAGUGUAUUCAUGGCUUGGACGUUCAUCACUAACCGUGGAUCAUUUCCGCCUGGAUGCCAGCACAGGUGCCAUUCAGCUAGUAACCAGUCUGGACUAUGAGACUGACAAGAAGACAUACAGUUACACAGUCGUUGCAACAGACCGCAGCAGCAGCAGCAGCAGCAGCACAGCUGGACAACGCAAUGCCACAGCACGCUGCGACAUCACACUGGCCGAUGUCAACGACAACGCUCCAAUCAUAACCAAGCCCGACCAGACGUUCACCAUCUCCGCUAAUCAAACUGGCGGAGAGCUGGUGGCGGCGCUGCAAGUGACCGACGCCGACUCUGCUCCAUUCUCCCAGCACACCUGUACUAUUGUCAGGGGCAACACUGGCAAUCUGUUCUCAUUGACUGGAGAUCUGAAUGUGAUCAUCAGCCCUAGCAUUAGCUCAGUCAGUACUGUACAGACCAGCGGUCCUGUCAAUAUUGAUAUCCAGUGUGUCGAUAGUGGAGAUAGUCUUCUGAAUAGCAUGCGGCAGAUUCUGAUCACUAUCACCGAAGUCAACCUGCAUCCACCGGUGUUCAAUGCCACUAUCAUCCUCAACAUCACGGUUCCAGAGAACGUCAGCGUCAACACUGCCGUCCUGACUGUGCACGCAACCGACCCUGAUGACGUCUCCAAUCCGAUCCGCUAUACACUGUCACGAGGCAACACGGGCAGUGCGUUCUCUUUGGAUGCCAGCUCUGGUGUGCUGCAAGUAGCGCGCAGUCUUGACCACGAGCAGCAGGCAACGUACGCCAUGACGAUCACAGCUGCCGAUAGCUCCAGCGGCGUGUCACGCCAGUCCUUUGCCACUGUGUAUGUGACGGUGGAGGAUUUGAAUGACAACUUGCCUGUACUCACGCCCAGCUCGCAAACCAUCAGCAUCGAUGAAGGCAAGCCUGCUGGCAGCUAUGUAGGUCAGGUAACGUGCACAGAUGCUGAUUCUUCCAGUAACGGCCAGACCACGGUAUACGUUGUUGCUGGCCAGCCACAUGUCUUGCUGGUCAAUAGUACUGGUGCCAUGUCGCUAAAUCAUACGCUGAAUUACGGCCAGCAAUCAACAUACUUCAUCACUAUGAUGUGUUCUGAUGGCGGACUGCCAAGCAAGUCCACCACGGCCCGUGUGGUGUUGCUUGUCAUUGCCGGCAAUAGGAAUGCACCUGUGUUUCAGAAUGCAUCGUAUUCGGCUACGUACCGUGAAGACGUAUCUGUGUCGUCAGCACUGGUGACGGUGAAUGCAACGGAUGCAGACAGCGGCAGUGCCGGAGAGUUGGUGUACACCCUGAUAAGCUCGGAUGGCGGUGCCUUCUCGCUUGGCCAGAGGUCUGGUGUCCUGUCCUUGCUGGCCUCGCUGGACUAUGAAAAGCAGCGUGUGUAUCACCUCGUGGCAGAGGUCAACAACCCUGUACCUUACCAAUGGUCAUGCUCGCAGUUCAGCCAGAGUCAGUCUUGCCCAUUGCGGGUCAACAUCACUAUAACUGUGUCUGAUGUGAACGACAACACACCACGCUGCAUCACUUCACAGUAUAACAUUCGACUGAACGAGACCGUCCCCGUCGGUACUCAAGUGCAAACGCUAACAUGUUCUGAUGCUGAUGAAGGUCUCAAUGGUCUGCUCUCGUACUCCCUGUUGGGUAGCAUCAGCCAGAAUCCCGGCAACUCAUUCGACGUCAACGCCACCAGUGGGGCAGUGUAUGUCAAGUCACCACUUGACAAGCUGCUUUCAACAUUCUACAACAUAUGGAUUGAAGUGCAGGACAGCAGUGGCAGUGGCAGCCGUCUUUCAACAAGGAUCUUUGUCUACGUUGAAGUCAUACCGGUCAAUCUGUACCGGCCAGUGUUUGCACAACCAGCCUACUCUGCAGCCAUCAUUGAGAAUGCACCGAUCGGCAGUACAGCGCUGCAGGUCAAUGCUACCGACGCUGAUCAGCAGACUAUCACGUACUCCCUGGGCACGCCCAGCACACACUUCCUUGUGCAGGCAUCGACCGGUGAAAUACUGACGUCUGGACGCCUGGAUCGCGAGGUGACCGCCUUCUACCAGUUAAUUGUGCGUGCCUCUGAUAACAGUCAGCCUGUGGCAUUCAUUAGCCAAACCACUGUCAACAUCACCAUACUGGACUACAAUGAUCACGUUCCAACUUUCCAGCCAGAGUUUUACAGCCAGCAGUUCAACGAGACACCUGCCAGUGGUACUGCCGUGCCGCUGAUACAACUCUCCUGUACGGAUGGUGAUCAGGCAGGGACUAACAACACCAAGCUAUCCUACAGGAUCAUCGCUGGAAACACGUCGAUGUUCCAGGUAGGCAGCACCGGCUUGGUAAGCUUAGCUCCAGCAGCUCAACUCGACUAUGAACAACAGAGGAGCCAUGGCCUGACUAUAGAAUGUUCUGAUGCCGGUCAGCCAAUGCUGUCGUCUAACGCUAUCAUUGUUAUUGGUGUAUUGCCCGUCAAUGAGUUCUCACCCGUGUUUGCACAGCCAUCGUACGACUUGAGCAUAGCUGAGAAUGCUGCUGUUGGUCAAACCGUUACCACACUGACAGCUAUGGAUGGUGACAGUGCGGCUGGACCCGACGGAAAACUUACCUACAAAAUCAUCUCUGGCAAUUCAGCAGGCAUCUUCUUUCUGGACGAGAUCUCCGCAGCAUUCGGCAUAAGCAGACAGUUAGCAGCCAGUGAUCCUCGUCGCUACAGUCUCACUGUCCGUGCUAUGGAUGGCGGUGGUCGGAGUAGUGAUGCCACGGUGCACGUCAACGUCACCGACUUAAACAACAACGAUCCGGAGUGCUCCAAGAGAACGUACAGUUUCAAGGCGGCGGAGAACGUCACUGGUCGUGUCGAGGUCGGCCGACUGUCCUGCACCGAUCGUGAUAUCGGUGCCAGCUCCACGCUGCGCUACACAAUAUCAGCUGGGGAUACGAGCAACCAGUUCUCCAUUGAGAACAGUACGGGCAGAGUGUACGUCGUACCGCCUCUGAACAGAGCGCGUCAGGCCGUCUACAGUCUUGUCAUCAUCGUUGCCGAUCAAGGUUCCGUGCCACGCUCUAUACAGAUCAACGUCUUGGUUGAGGUACUGGCUGUUAACCGCUUUCAACCGGCCUUUGUCAACGCACCUUACAACGUAUCCGUGCCAGAGAAUGCACUCUCCGGAACACUGCUUCUGAACAUCACAGCGCAGGAUGCUGAUUCCGAUGAAUACGGCCAGGUGACGUACAGCAUUGAGUCAGGCAAUGAUGGUAACGCAUUUGUACUGGAUGCGGCCACUGGCUCGGUGUAUGUAUCCAAUACGCUGGAUUGGGAAACUCAAAGCACCUAUCUACUAACUAUCAAAGCCAGUGACGGUGCUCCAGGGUCGCUGCAGCUGUCCUCCACCACUACACUCAGCGUAACGGUUAUCAACAUCAACGAUAACGCGCCGACAUUCUCCCAGCCUAUCUACGCCGUAUCGCUGGCACUUAGCACCGGCAUUGGUUCCCCAGUCACACAGGUGUCUUGCAGUGAUAAGGACAGCGGCGCAUCCAGCAGUGCAGCUGCAGCUACGUAUGCCAUUACAGGCGGCAACACAGACGGUGCGUUCAGUCUAAACUCCACGUCUGGUGUGGUGACCGUGCAGAGCUCUCUGCUCAGCUUGCCCGGUGCAUUCGUCAUCACAGUUCAGUGCACUGACAUGGGACCCGGGGCACGGCAGUCUGCACUGGCAACCAUUGCCAUUGUGCUGGAGAGCAAGAACAACUUUGCGCCGGUCUUCACACAGACACGCUACGCCGUGAACGUAUCCGAGUCGGCAGGUACGGCACACCAGGUGGUCCGUGUGUCUGCCAGUGAUGCUGACGCAGGUGAUAGUGGGGAAGUUACCUACAGCAUUCAGUCUGGCAACGCACUCAACACUUUCUUCAUUGACCCCGAUUCAGGUAAUAUCUCUCUGGUGACGACACUCGACCGUGAAACAACGCCAUCCUAUCUUCUCGAGGUGCAGGCCAGCGAUGGUGGUGUUCCUCCCAACGUCAGUGUAGCCUUUGUCUCAAUUUCGGUUUUGGAUAUCAAUGACAACACGCCAGUGUUAUCACCACAGGUCAUUGCUCUUACGCCAUAUUUGGAUGACACGACUCUACCAAAGCAGCUUCUAUCACUCACCUGUACCGAUGCUGACUUUGCACCACAACUAUCGAUCAGUUUGAAUUCAAGUGACAGCACGGUCGUAUCCGCACUCCAGGUCUUGCCCAAUGGCCAGGUAUCUCAGCAGUCCUAUGUGUCACCGGGUAGCUAUCGCAUUACAGCCGUAUGCAGUGACGGAGCACUCACGUCACGCACGACCACCAUCUCACUGACAGUCAACCCCAGUGCCGUGCGCGUACCGGCGUUCCAACAGAGCCUGUACAACAUUCCAGUGAUUGAGAAUCGGCCGCUGAGCAGCGAGCUGUUGACACUGCAACUGCAGAACUCCCCGCCCACCGGCAUGUAUGCGUUCUCCAUCACCAGUGGCAACAUUGGCAAUCAUUUCCAGAUCGGCUCACUGACCGGAGAGCUGCAUCUACUAGGCACAGUUGACCGGGAGGUGCGAUCGCUGUAUGACCUGACUAUCACUGCUUCUCCAGCUUUCCUGUUCAACGGUUCAGUAACGACGUCCACUACACAGGUACGUAUCACUGUUACCGACGUCAAUGAUCAAACACCGACCUUUGUCUCCCGUCUUGUCAUUGCCACUGCCAACGAAAGUGCACCCAUUGGCUCAACACUGGCCUCACUGCAGUGUACAGAUGCUGAUCAAGCAGGUACGGACAAUGCCAGGACUGCACUCUCCAUCAUAACUGGAAAUGCAAAGAGUCAGUUUGGUCUGCGUCCGGGCAGGGUGCCGGCCAUCACUGAGCUGUGGUUGCAGAGAGCUCUCGACUACGAGACUAGCACUUUCCACAGCAUCUCGGUCAAGUGCCAAGACAGUGCUAGCCCAGUGCUAUCGUCAACAGCCGUGGUGGCACUGACCGUGACACCGAUCAAUGAGAACGAGCCGGUGUUUGGCCCGGAGUUCAACAACACAGUGUUCAACACCAGUGUGUAUGAGAAUGUGACGCUCGGCACGGUUGUCAUAACCGUCAGUGCUGUGGAUGCCGAUGUCGGUGGCUCACAUUCCGAUAUACAGUAUAGCCUCACUGGUGGUAGCGGAGUGUUUGUCAUCGACAGCCAGACCGGUGCUAUUCGUCUUCAGAGGGCGCUCGACGCUUCCAAGACAAACUAUUAUGUUCUGACUGUAACAGCUAUGGAUAACGUCAUUGGUGGUGCCGGGUCAAAGUCAUUCUCGUCCCAAGCCGUGGUUGGCAUAGCCGUGCUGGAAGCUAGGCAGGACCAUCGGCCUGUUCUCGUACCGGAAACACUUGAUCUGCAGGUGAACGAGAGUACUCGUGUUGGUACCGUACUGGCUAAGUUCACAUGUACAGAUGGAGAUGGUGACAGCACACUCGUGCUCAUACCCACUACACAGCCACACCACAGCCUUGUCAGUGUGAAUGCGGCCGGUGAUCUGGUGUUGGCGCAGGCACUGGAUUAUGAGAACACCACCUCCUAUUCCGUGCGCGUAACCUGCACGGAUCAGAGAGCACAGCCGCUGAUAGACAUCAGCAGUGUCACGAUCAACGUGCUGCCUGUCAACGAAUACACACCCACAUUCAAUGCAACCAGUUACCGCGCAAGCGUGCCUGAAGACACCGGCGUGGGAAGCACCGUUGUGCAGGUGUUUGCGACAGAUCUGGAUGCAGGCAACGACGGAUCAUUUGAAUACAGCAUCGUGUCAGGAAACGAGGACAACACAUUCCGCUUCUUCCAGGGCUCCAUCCUCGUUGAUCAGCCGUUGGACUAUGAGAAUGUGCAGGAGUAUGACCUGGUUGUGAGUGCCACUGAAGAUGUGUCGUCUGAACGCUACUCCACCAGGACACAGGUUACAAUCACUGUGGUGAAUGUCAAUGACAACACUCCAGCCUGUAGUCCUAGUCUGAUCCGGGUCAUCAUUCCAGCAAAUGCUGGCACUGGCUACAGUGUCGCUACGCUGAACUGCACAGAUCCUGAUGACACGGUGAUGGAUACUGGCAAUAGCAGCAGCAGCAGUACUCCUGGAUCAGCACCGUAUCUGAACUACACAAUCGUAUCCGAUGAUACACGGGCAUUUGCGGUAUCACCCGGUGGAGAAUUGCAGCUGCUGUCUCAUGUUUCAAGCCGCACUGAGCAACACCUGCAGGUUCAGGUACUGAUCAGGGACUUAUGGACGCCAAGUAGAAACUCCACCGUUCUUGUCAUCAUUACUGUACUUGGUCGUGCCGAUGCUUCGCCGAUGUUUGAGCAGCCAUUGUAUUCAGCUAAUGUCUCCGACACAUCGGCUGUCAAUACAUCCAUCGUCAGAGUGCGUGCUACAGAUGCUGAUGUAGGACAGACGAUCACCUACAGCCUCAAUGCCAGCAAUCCUAGUGAUCUACAAUUCUUUGCCGUGCAUCCCCAGUUCGGCUUGGUGUACUUGUCGGAAUCUAUCCGCUCCACAUCCUCAGCUACUCGUACCUACAGCUUGGUGGUUGUUGCCACGGACAACGGAAUUCCUGUUCGGCGUACCACCUCUAAUCUUGUGAUAUCGGUAUACAGAGGUGGUUUGCAGUUCCUGACGGUGCGACCACCGUUCGAAAACAUUGUCAUUCAGGAGAACACCACUGUCGGCGCUCACCUGGCCAAGCUUAACUGUACUGACAACCGUGGCCUGGCAAAUGCUCGUUUCCAGGUGAGUCUGGUAUCGGGCAACACACUGCAUACAUUCCGUGUUUCAAGCAACGGCGUGUUAUCGCUUUUCAAGCCACUCAACGACUCCGUACUCAAGUAUUCAUUGUCUCUGCUCUGCUUUGAUGCUGACCUACCGUCUCGACAAACUGCAACGUCAUUCGUGCAAGUGGUGGUCGUGCCUCUCAACAACCAUGCCCCCGUGUUUGACCAGUCUGUAUAUAAUGCCAAUGUAUUGGAGACGGCAGCAUUGGCACAUUACGUCACCACAGUGCAUGCUCAUGACCAAGACUACGGGUCUCAUGGUCAACUGCAUUACUUCAUAGUAGCCGGAAAUACGAACGACGACUUCUUCCUGGACGAGUUCACCGGCGUGUUGAGUGUCAGUGGGUCACUGGACAGAGAGACUGUAGCAAUGUACAGGCUGGGCGUGCAGGUCACCGAUACGGAUGCCAACGGUGCAGUACUCACGGCCUCGGCAUCUGUGUUUGUCAGCAUCACAGAUGUGAAUGAUGAACGGCCGGUGUUUGUCAAUGCCAUCCAGUACGUCAAAUUGCCGGAAGAUCUUGCCGUCGACACCGUUGUUGCGAAUGUCACUGCUUACGAUCAGGAUAUCGGAACGAACAGUGAUAUCACGUUCACGCUCACCUCUGGGAACGUUAACAACACGUUCCGAUUGAUUCAGUCUUCGAAUGAUACCGCCGACAUUGUACUUGCAGCUCCUCUGGCUGUUACAGAAGAUGAUGCCUAUCGUCUGGAAAUCACUGCACAGGAUGGCGGCUCAAGUCCAUUCACAGCCAAGGCGACAGUGUUCAUCGGAAUUGACGCCGUCAAUGACUUUGCCCCACAGUUCGCGCAGAGCGUCUACCAUGUUGAUGUGAAGGAGUUGACAGCUACGGGCUCAGCAAUAGUCACCGUGUCAGCUCGAGACGCUGAUCAGAUGGCACCUGAUGGCACUGUCAACUACCGCCUGCUCUCACACAGGAACGUUUUCUUCAUCAAAUCACGCACUGGUGAGAUCUUGCUGGACAGUACACUCGACUAUGAACUCACCCAGCAGUACAACGUGUCCGUGGAAGCAUUCGAUCUUGGUUCUCCGCCGCUCUCCACACGCUCAUGGCUGAUUGUUACUGUAGUAGAUGAGAAUGACAACUCACCUGCCUGUAGCAACGGUACAAUAAUACGCUACGUGAGAGAAGGCAACUACUCCAGCACGAGUGCGUUGGAGCUGGCCACGCUGGCUUGCCGUGAUGCCGACGCAGGGGCUAAUGCGAGGUUGACGUAUCGUCUUCUUGACACAACGACAGUGUUCAGCCUGAACAGUACCACCGGUGUAUUGUCAGUGGUGGGACUGCUCAACGCUAGUGUCGACAGGCCUUACUCACUGAGUAUUGUUGUUCAGGACAAUGGUGUACAGUCUCUAUCGUUUGAUGUCACAGCCAUCAUCGUAGUCAACCCUGUCAACGAUCAUGCUCCAGUUUUCACACAGUCCCGCUACUCGGCUAGUAUUGCAGAGGAUGCUCCCAUCGGAGCAACCGUGGCGCAGGUUACGGCAUCAGAUGAUGACACCGGCUUGUUUGGUGUUGUGUACUAUCAGCUUGUCAACAACAGUAGCCUUUCAUCCUCGCCAUUCUCUGUUUACAGUGAUAGCGGUUACAUCUAUCUAUGGAGCUCAUUGGACUACGAACGCACACCAUACUACGUGCUAAUGGUGGAAGCUUACAAUAUUGAUCCCCACACACAUCUGCAAGUCGGUGGCAUUGACAUGGCAACAGUCCGCAUCAAUGUCACCGAUGUCAAUGACAAUGCACCAGUCUUCUCUGAGCCUGAGUACAAUGUCAGCGUGAUGGAGAAUGGCAUGGCUGGCGAGGCUGUUGUCAGGAUCGAGGCCGUAGAUGCGGACACAGGUAGCAAUGCUAACAUUGUGUACAGAAUUGUCAGUGGUGAUACCAACAAUGCGUUCACAGUCUAUUCCAAUGGUUCCGUAGUAACAACACAUGGUCUGGACAAUGAGCAGGGAAAGUACUACCAACUUGUGAUACAGGCAAGUAAUAGACCCGGUAGCAUGUUGACCGAAGUUGCCAGCAGAUGUGUAGUGAACGUGCAGGUGGAGAAUGUCAACGACAAUGCACCGCUUAUAUCGCCACAGUACUACACUGUGUCGAUACCUGAGUCAUCACCACCCGGUACUGACGUGGUGCAUAUCAUAGCUACGGAUGCUGACAACACCCAUGGUGUGUUGAACCAGCUGCAGUACAGUGUUAGCUCAAUGGACGUCAGUGCCGGUACUUUCGUCAUUUCCAGCAGCGGACAGAUACGAACCAACGCCACAUUGGACUAUGAGCAGCGGACUGGUGUUCAGCUGAGAGUGAACGUCUCCGAUGGCAUGUAUAGUGCAAUGGCCAGCGUCUCCGUGACCAUACUUGAUUCCAAUGACAACUCACCAGUGUUCCAGCCGCCCAGUGCUCUGUCUGUUAGCGUGAUGGAGGGUGUAGGUAGCGCCCAUGUUGUGACGGUGGUCUUUGCCAAUGACACAGACCACGGCAGCAAUGGUCUUGUCACUUACACUCUACUGGCGGACAACAGUACAGAUAGUGCCGGUCAGUAUUUCAGUGUUGAUUCUACAUCGGGUAAGGUCAGCACUUUGCAGGUACUGCAUUACAAGAACAACUCCGACGUUUUCUUGCUGCUUGUCCAAGCUCAAGAUGCCGGCAUUCCUGCACGCUCAUCUGUGAAAGAAGUUAUCAUCACCAUCAUGGAUAUGAAUGACAAUGCGCCGAUUUUUGAAGACGAUCACUACGUGUUCAACAUCAGCGAAGGUUCCAGUAGUCAGAGCGUUGUCGGUGCGGUGCUGGCGAAUGACGCUGACGCUGGAUUGAACAGUCAAGUUGUCUAUCGUAUCGUCAACUCCACUGCACCCACUCUGUUCACCAUUGAUCCCAGCACUGGGCUAAUCACGACAACUGCACCAGUAGACCGGGAACAAGUGCACCAGUAUCGACUCACAAUCCAGGCUAGUGACAUGGGACAACCCGUGCUCUCCAGCACUUCGACGGUUACCGUAUAUGUGCAAGAUAUCAAUGAUAGUCCGCCAUUCUUUGAUCCUGAUCUGUCCGGGACGAUCGCUGCCAUUGCUGAGAAUUCCCCGGCUGAUACUCUAGUGGUAGUGAGCAGUGCAUUGGAUGGUGAUGCCGAUCAACAGCAGCUCUUCUACUCAAUGACCGUCGUUCAGUUCCCCCGCUCGCCUGCUGGUGGUGGUGGUGGUGGUGGUGGUGGUGGUGGCGAUGGUGGAAGUAGCACCGCGGAAAUCUUCACCAUCAACAACAGCACUGGUGAGAUACGCACGGUUCGCGACGCUUCUUCCGAGGACGCCAACAAUGCCUAUAGCGUUACUGUUGUGGUCGACGACGGCAUCUAUAACAGCUCCCAGUCGUUCCAGAUUGUUAUUGGAUUCGUUAACAGAGGAGCGCCGGUGUUCUCUGCUGCAUCUUACUAUGGAGUGGUGCAGCUAACAGCUCAGCAAGGUGUUCUAGUGUCCCGCGUGCUGGCCACAGACUCAGACUCUGGCACGUUUGGACGGGUAACCUACUCCAUUGCAAAUGAAGGUGACGCUCUGUAUGCAUCCUACUUUGGUGUCUCCUCCACUGGCGAAGUUCAGCUGAGCCAGUCCCUUAGCGCUGGCUUUGAAAUGCCAGAGAAUGGCAUCAGCUUGACGGUACGGGCUACGGACGGCGGUGGACUGUACGCCGAGAGUCAAGUCUCCGUCCUUGUGUACGCCAGUGAUAAUGUUCUGGAGCUGUGGUUUGCUGGCGAGGCAAGCACUGUUCUCCAGCAGGAUCAGGUCAUCCUGGCUGCAUUCAAUGAGAUGGUGACAUAUGGUACUAACCAACUAAGCCUCACCUCCGCUCAGUCCACUGCCCAACUACCGUCUGAUGUGAUCCAGUAUGCACACUUUAGUCAGCAGUCAACUAGCCAACCAACCAGCCAAGCGGACGAGGGAGGUAACGAGGUGCGCAAGCGUCGUCAGUUGGGCUCAGAUCCGAGCGGCACAGGCAGUCCAGCGGUCACCACACCCGCAGGCACGGUUGCAAGUAGUGCUGCUGCUGCUACACAGCUUGUGGAGGGUACUAAUCCAGCAGGUAUCACCGACAGCACGGAGAGGAUUGUCUCUACCGGCCCGUCAUCCGACCAGCAAUCCACGUCUCCGUCUAACGACACUCUGCCGGGUAGCCAGUCUCCAGCUGAACAGACUUCACAGCGUACCGCUACUGAUGAUGCCAUUGCUACCCUACCCAGCACUACUGCAGCACAGGAACCACAGGCAUGGACCCCUGUGUCAGUGUACACAUUGGGGGGUACUUGGUUUGAUAAUUUCACAGCACCAGACAGCAGACACCUCAACAGUGCACAUUUCCUGCAAUCGAAUACUUUGGAGAACGUCCUGAAUGCAUCCUUCGCUCAAGGAACACCAACACCGCGCCUGGCAAGCAUUCAAGGGUUUGUGGGCUGGAGAAAGGCCAAGAAAACUACUCUACCGCCAACGGAAGCCGAGCCAGAGCUAGUGAAAUCGUUCGUAGACAGUGCUGGUGGCAUAGCCACGCUGACUGUUGUAGCCGUUGUACUGGUCUUCAUCAUCCUCCUGCUAACUAAACGCCUUCACGAUGAGUACACAAAGGAAAAGGAUACGGCGGGAAAGGACGUUCAGCCGAUGUAUGAUGGCUGGCAGCAUGGCCUAUAUCCCACUGACCUAGGCAACGAUGGCCAGAUGUUGACGUUUGCCAAUGAUGGAGGAGAAGAAGGCGAAUAUGAUGACAUAGAAAUGCAGAGGAUGAAUGGUGCUUGGCAGCAGUACUAUGGUGAUAUGUACUCGGAUGCAGCUACCGAGGAGACUGCCGUCGGUGAGAGCGAGGUGUCGUGGGAAUCGGACGAUGCAUUGCUCAUGGAGGAGGCUGCUGUCCAUAGUCCGAUCUAUGACAACUCCCAUCAACUGUUCUAUGGUGCCAACUACAUGCAGGCACAGGCUAGCACUGUCUAUGCAGAUCAAGCGUAUGUGAGCGGUGAUUCUGAAGGCGAUUUCGACACAGUGUACGACAACGUGCGCAGACCCCAGCAAGGUUCAUUCCACGGCCAGUCGUCCGUCUACGACAACAGGCAGAACGUGAUGGCGGCCAACAUACCGUCCACAUUGCACGAAGUCAUGAAAACCUUCUUCAGUGGUGAAGAUUAUCUAGUUCAUGGAAGCGAUGACUCUGAGGAAGAGGAUGGUGAUGAGGAUGAUGGACAGGCAUCAGGAGGAGCAGUCGCAGGGGCAAUGGCAGGAAGAGGGGAGGCAGCAGACGGUGAUGCAGCUCAUGGUAUGGCACAUUCGCCGAGCGAUGAUGUAUUUAACGCGCUGCAUAAAGUGUCCUUGGCUGACCACUCGAUGGCAGAAGCAGAACUUUGAUGCCUUUUCCUGCCUGUGAACCCGACGCAUAUUUCUUGAUUCACUUUUAUCAUGGACUGAUAACACUUGAUGCUUGUGUCUAAUACUAGGCUAGCUAUGACGUAUCCUGUACUACUGUAGCUUUAUAACAUAUCCACUGCUUGUUCUGCCUUCUGUGUAUUUAUCAGCACAACUGCUCACGAUUUGUUUUAAAUUUUAAGCUGGUGUGAGAUCAUGUCUGGUACGUCACCCAUCUGGCUGGCUCCCACAGAACAAGCAUUUUAGUUUUUAUAUUAUCAGCUGUGCUGAAGUUGAGAUAUUGUUGCAUUUGAACAGGCGAUCCUUUCUUUUUUUCCUAAUUCCCAUAAUAUUGAUUUUUAACCUUUGUCAAAAUUAAAUGUGUAUGCUUGCAGUUUGCAUUUGCAACUGUUAGGGAGUCCAGUGGCGCAUUUAUCUUCUCCGGCGAUUUCCUCUACCGUACUUGAUACGGGUAGACGGUAUUCUCAGAGGCACUGUAUAACUGUGACAAUGGUGA